GUAAAAACGGUAAACGCUCGCUAAGCGGUUUUUUCUUUUCUUCGGGAGGGGAAUGAAUUUUUGUCGUCGUUUUUUAAAUUCUCCAUCGUCACGAGACCUUCUCCGUUGUCGGAGGUCUCCCGGGGUCUGUAAAUAGAGGGUUUCGUUAUUUUCGAUUUGGCAACCAGGCAAUGUCCCCGCCGCCGCCGCCGCCGCCGAAAAUACCUACGCGGUGAAUUUUUUUACACCCCCCGUUAACAAUUCGCAUUUUGCACCAGUUACGACGACUGUUUUGUUGCGGUGUUGUGCUAUAAUAUUGUGAUUCAACGACGUACAUGUUCUGAUUUUUCUUAUAGUUUUUGGACUCUUCCUGAUUCGCAUUUCUUGUGGGCAAUUAAGUUAUCGAAUAAUCGCCAUGUUAACUAGAAGAUCAAGGAAAGAAGGGAUCGCUUCACCGAGCGAUGCUGAAACAACGUCAAAAGCUAAAAGGUCAGCAACACCAUCAAAAAGAUCAGCAACACCAUCUAAAUCUAAAAAACCGGUCACUCGUCGUAGUAAAAGUAAAUCCGUAGAGAGAAGAAUAAGAACUCGAUCUAGAUCAGCUAAUAAGACUGCAGGUACUGAUGUUAAUAAGACUGAUGGUCCUGUAGUUCUUCUAGAACGUUAUAAUGCUACAAAACAAAAUCCAGUUGUCAAAAAGAAAGAAAUUAAAAAUAAAAAGGCUGUUGAACUUGUUGAUUCAAAUUCAAGAAAGAGCCCAACACCUGUAAAAGAAGUUAACUCAAUAAUUAGUCCUGCAUCGCGCAAUAUAAGUGACAAUAUUUCUGUAUCAUCAUCUCCAAGAUCAAGAUUAGAUUACAAUGAAGAAUCUGAUGAUGAAAUUAAAUUGUCAAAUAAUACAACAAGCAAGAUUUAUCCUGUAGAAUUUGGAGGUUCCUUUGGCAUUAUCAUGCUAUUCAUAUCAUUCCCAAUAUCGGUUGUCCUUGACAAAAUUGCUAUAAAAACUAAAGGAAAUUUAAUACCUUUUCCUCGUGGUUAUUUAAGACCAGCAAACUAUUUUGAUCAAGAUGUGUUUAUAUGGACUGCUGCUAUUAUUUUUCUUCAUUUGUUAAUAUCACUUUUGCCCUUAGCCAAAAAAUCUAAAUCAUUAACAAGACUAUCAACGGGUAAUGAUUUCAGUUUCACCUACUACAGGUUUUCAGGAUUUUUCAAUUUAAUUAUAGCUGGUUUGAUUAUUUGGGCUAUGAAUUAUUACAACUACCCAAUAAAUUUUGUUUUAGAAAUAGUGACUAAAAAGACUGUACCUCAUGUUGUAGCAUCAGUUUUAUACGCAUUUAUUAUUUCCAUAAUUUUGUUUAUAAAAGCCAAGUACUUAAAUCAAAUUGACGAUAAUUCUUCUUUUAAUUUUAUUCAAAAAUUGUUUAUUGGAACAACAAUUAACCCUACAUUAGGGCCGAUUAAUAUCAAAUUGGCUUUUUUUAGAUAUUCAACAUUGAUGACUAUUUUAUUCAAUUACCUUGUGAUUAUGGACUCUCUUAAAAAUCCUGUUAAUAUUCAUCUUUAUUUUGUUGCUGGACUUCAAAUAUUUCAUGCUAUAGAUAAACUAAUUUUUGAGUUUAAUUUAUUGUCUUCAUUUUAUUUACAAAAUGAAAAAGAUGGAUAUUGGACUAUUAUUCAACAAUUUUUACAACCGGUUAUCAAUUUUUUACCCAUUCAAAUUUUACUUGCAAACAAUUUACCUGUUAAUUAUAUCAUUUUGAGUAUUUCAUCAUUUAUAUUUUUAUUUGGCUAUAUCUGUCAACGUUAUAGUGAUUUUACUAAAUAUCAAUAUGAAAGAAACUUGACAUUUGUCUAUAAGCCUUCAUAUGUAAGAACUAUUGUACAUGGUCUUUGGUCAUACGUGAGGUAUCCUAAUUACAUAGGUACCAUACUUGUACAUUUAGCCUUAAUCUUUCCAAUAUUUGAACCUAACCUUGGCAGUCUACAAGCAUCUUGGCCUGUACUUUUAUAUCCUUUGUAUUAUAUAAUAACUUUGUCCCAUCAAUGUGUGCGUAUUUCUACCCACUACCGUUUCCAGUGCGGUAAUAAUUGGGAUCGUCAAUAUAUAGCAAAAUGGAAUUUAAUACCAAAAAUAUUUUGAAUUUAUUUAUUUUAAUAGAAUUAAGUCAAAUAAUUGAUGAUUGGAAGCUUAUUAAUGAUCAAACCGGCGGUGGAUCUGUAACGGGAAACUAAGAAAUAACAUAUAAGUCCCCGUUACAUCUUAUCACUUUCAAUCACCAUUAAUGUCUUUAAAUUUGUGUUAGAUUUUAGGUUAAUUUAAUUUGUUUUUAUUUAUAUAUUUGAUUUAUAUAUAUUUCUCAGUAACUGAAGGAAUCUUCAAAUUUUAAUUCCAUUUAUUAAUGUCCAAAAUUAAAUUAUCAAACUAAUAUGAAUAAUAAUAUAUAUAUUUAUUAUUUAUAUUAUUCUAUGUUUUUAAUAAAACUACUUUCAAAAUAAUGUAAGUUAAUAAUAAUGCCAUAUUGAUAAUGUACAAAAAUAAACAAAAAAAUUUUGUAACUACAUUUAAAGUAUGCGUUAAUAUAUUAAUUACAAUUUUACUAGCAACUAUUUUAAAUGUAAGAAGUAAGAAGUUAACUGUUAAGUAGAAAAUAUUGCUGAAUAAUGUACAUAAUAGAAUGUUAAUCUUGUACAAGAAUUAUAGAACUUGUUUAAAAAAGCCAAUUUUAAUUUAUUGACUUAAAGCCUGUAUAGUUUAAUGCCUACUGUGUUUUAAAAGGUCAUCUUAAAAUCAAACCAAAAAUUGACUUUUUUAUCAAAUUGUAUGUAUCUUAUAAUACAUAAUUAUCUGGAUUAUGAUCAACAUUAUAUUAUUAAUUACUUGCUUAAGUAUGUUGUAUUGGUUGUAAAUCAUUGGAAUACUACUUAAUAUAUUUUUAUGUUUACAAUAUUAUAAUGGAUCUUUUUUUUUUUAUUGUAAUUGUAAAAUGUAAUUAGUGUUACAUUAUUGUAAAUAAAUAUUUUUUUAUAUUAUUAAAUUGGCUUAAAUUACCUUGAUUAUAAAUAUUUUGUAAAUAAAAAUAUAAAUAAAGAGAUAAUACUGUAUUGCUA